AUGGCGACCACAGCAGUCCCGGGUGCCCCUGUCAGCGGCUCCUUCAAGGAUAAGGAGAAGCCGAUGGCGGUGCGGGCAUCCAACAUUCUCGCGGCUAGAGCUGUCGCCGAUGCCAUCCGGACGUCAUUGGGACCUCGUGGUAUGGAUAAGAUGAUUCAAACACCCAAGGGCCAAACGAUCAUUACCAAUGAUGGAAACACCAUGUUGAAGGAUAUGAGCGUUAUGCACCCGGCCGCCCGGAUGCUGGUCGAUCUCAGUGCGGCCCAGGAUGUCGAGGCUGGUGAUGGAACAACGUCUGUGGUUGUCAUUGCUGGCAGCUUGCUCGGCGCCGCCGACCGGUUGCUAUCCAAGGGCAUUCACCCGACUGUGAUUUCCGAGUCUUUCCAGAGAGCCGCAGGCGCCGCCGUCGAAAUCCUCCACAACAUGUCUCGUCCGAUUAACCUGACCGAUCGCGCUACCCUCCUCCAAGCCGCCGCGACCUCGCUUUCCUCGAAGAUUGUGUCUCAGCACUCUGGCCUGCUAGGUCCGAUGGCUGUCGACUCGGUGCUGAAGGUGGUUGAUCCCAAGACUGCCGAAAACGUGGACCUGCGUGAUAUCCGGAUAGUCAAGAAAGUUGGUGGGACAAUUGAGGAUAGUGAGAUGAUUGAUGGCCUGGUCUUGAACCAGCCGGUUAUCAAGAGCAGCGGAGGUCCGACGAGGAUUGAGAAGGCCCGGAUAGGUCUCAUUCAGUUCCAGCUGAGCCCGCCUAAGCCAGAUAUGGAGAACCAAAUUGUGGUGAACGACUAUCGCCAGAUGGACAAGAUUCUGAAGGAGGAGCGCCAGUACAUGCUGAAUAUGGUGAAGAAGAUCCAAAAGACCAAGUGCAACGUGCUCCUGAUCCAGAAGUCUAUUCUCCGUGACGCCGUCAACGAGCUGUCGCUACACUUCCUUUCGCGGCUGAAGAUCUUAGCCAUCAAGGACAUCGAGCGAGACGAGGUCGAGUUCCUGUGCAAGAGUCUUGGCUGCAAGCCAGUUGCCAACGUCGACUCCUUCACCGAAGACAAGCUGGGCACCGCCGACCUCGUCGAGGAGGUUCAGGCUUCCGGUGCCCGGUAUGUCAAGGUCACCGGCAUCAAGUCGCCCCCCGCCGCUCUCAACCAGACCGUCUCUAUUGUCGCCCGUGGCGCCAACAACCUGAUCCUGGAUGAGGCCGAACGAUCGCUGCACGACGCUCUAUGUGUGAUUCGUUGUCUGGUCAAGAAGCGCGCCCUGAUCGCCGGCGGUGGUGCCCCGGAGAUUGAAGUAGCUCACGCGCUCGCCAUGCGCGCACGCGAGCUCACCGGGACCGAAGCGAUCUGCUGGAAGGCGUUCGCCGAGGCCAUGGAGGUUGUGCCGACCACGCUCGCUGAAAACGCGGGCCUGAACUCGAUCAAGGUAGUCACCGACCUGCGACACCGCCACGCGCAGGGCCAGCACAAUGCGGGUGUGAGUAUCCGCAGCGGCGGUGUCAAGGACGACAUCACCGAGGAGAACAUCCUGCAGCCGCUGCUGGUGAGCACCAGCGCCAUUGAGCUGGCGGCCGAGACGGUGAAGAUGAUCAUGAGGAUUGACGACAUUGCUCUGUCGCGGUAG